AUAAAAGCUUGAUCGCUCAGGAAAUAAACAGCCCUUCAAGUAUAAUGGACCAAAUAAGCAAAAACUAUAAAAAAAUUAUUAACGAAGCCAUUGCAACGGGUGUAAUACCAAAAGACUCUCAGGAAUUUUAUUUAUCUGCUCUUGAUGGCGAUAAUAGCAUCAACAGUGAUAGUUCAAUUGAUUUUCAUGACGCUGAAGACUUUGGUUCCAUAAAUAGUGAGUUACAUGAGAUCGGAAAUGAGCUCCCGCCUUUUUCAAAAAUGCCUGGAUUUGAAAGUGAAGUAGCUAGUCUUUCAGAUUAUGAGCAACGAGAACCUUACGAUGACUUACUAUCUAUUGGAGACAGACAGUCUGAAAUGACACCAGAGUCAGUGGAAAACUACAGUAUAUUCGAUUUGGACAAAACACUAGGCAACUCGAAAGUUGCUGUAAGCAGCUCAGAUUUUGACUCAAGCAGCAUAAUGAAAAAUGUCUGCAAAGAAUCGACCAAAAUGCGAACAUCAUAUCCUUCUUGCGGGGUAUAUAAUGUUAAGAAGUACCCAAAAGAGAACGAAACAGUGGAUUUUAAAAUUCCAAUUUAUGUCGAUCUUAAAAACAAAAACGUCAAAUUCAGGUUAAAAUCAAAGAACGAUCUUAUAUCUUUGAAAGAACAUUCACAAUGUAUUAAGCAGCCUUCUAGCAAUGAGGAAGCUAAUUUAAUGCGAAGAAAAGCGAAAAGCAUCCUGACUCCAGUGACACAUAGCUCUAUUAAAAAUCCCAAUAGUAAAAAAUCUAAUACUUACGCUAUGGAAUUCUUACAUAAUUCUGUUGAAACUUCCGUGAAUUUCAAAGAAUUUAACAAUGAAUGCAAGGACAGUUAUAAUAAAGAAGCUCAGGAAUUCUGUGCUCAGGGACGAAAUAUACCUACAUUUGAAUCAAGAAGAGAAUGCCCAACUAUUAAAAAUGAUUACCAGAACUAUAAACAAGCGACAAAUGUUAGGACAAAGGAAAAAUUAAAAAUGGAUGAACCUUUAAAUUCAGCUUGCAUUGCUCAUGAGGAAAAUUUUUCUAAGCUGUCCCACCACUUUAAAAAUACGGCAAAAGAAAACAAAAGAUCUCUUCCAAAACUUAAAUUUGGCAAUAGAAAAAAUCCAGAAAGCAUUCGAGGACAAACAUUGUCUAAUUGUAAAACAUUUGCAGUUCAAAAAACGCAACCUCCUCAAAAAUCUGGAUAUUGUAAAUGUGGUCUUCAGAAAAAGUCCAAGAAACACACGGAUACUCAAACAGAAGCACGUGAUGAUGAUAAUCAUGAAAAACACUUAAAAAAUAUUAAAUGCCAAGAAAAAACGGAAAAUGAUAGAUUGUUGAAUGUUAAUAUUAUUUGUCAGUUUUAUUCUAAGGAAGAUACUGGAGACGAGCAAAGUAAUUGUAGUGACGGAACAAAACAAACAAAGGCUAAUCAAAAGGCAUCAGAUUCAGAUCAUGUACAUAAAGAUUUAGAAGAAACAAUAAUUUCCGAAGAAGGAGCCCAAAGGAGAACCACAUGCCGUUACUUAUCAAAAAUUUUUUCCACAGUAAAACAACAGGCAAAGGGAAAGAAAAAUUAAAAACAGCUGCUUUUAGUUGGUACUACUUCACAUAUUUUAUAAAGAAUAAAACCAUUUUCAGCACGUAACGUGUAUUUUAAACAUAAAACGUGUAUUUUAAGCACGUAACGUGUAUUUUAAGCAAUAAAACCAU